CUCGACUGCCAGCGGCGGAGCGGGGUGGUCAGACCCUGCCGCAGGCACGGCCCGGGGCAGGAGCAGCCCCGCCGCCUCCCCGCCGCCCCACUGCCAUGGCCGGAGCCGCGGCCCAUCGCUGACGAUGCUGCUGGGCGCCCCGCGGCCGGGAGGCUGGGAUCGCGGCCGGGUGGGAGAAAGGCUGCAGGCGGCCCUGGCCGGCCUCCAGGAGCUCCAGGUGCUGCGGGAGAAGCAGCGGGAGCUGGUGCGGGCCGCCCUGGCUAUGCCGCAGCGGCCGGCGGCGGGCGGAGAAGAGCAGCCCCCGUCCGCCCACAGCAAGGAGCACCGUCUGGAGGCCACCCUCUCCGCCCUGAAGGAGCAGCUGUCUCGUUUGAGGAGACAGGAUGUCGGCUUGAAAAGCCACCUGGAUCAGCUAGACCAGCGAAUAAGUGAGCUGAAAUUGGAUGUCAGUAAGACCUCCAGUGAAUACUUGGAUAGUGACAGCCGGCCCAGCUCAGGAUUCUAUGACCUGAGCGACGGUGGUUCUUGCUCACUAUCCAAUUCCUGUACCUCUGUGUACAGUGAAUCCAUCUCCUCCUCCCACACCAGUCUCUUGCCCAGCUCUCAACACCCUAAAGCAAGGCUCAGUGUGUUUGAUUGCCGACCCAAGUCUGCAGAUGAAACUACUGUGCACACCACCAGCUUCCAACAGCAGGGGACCUAUGUCAGCGAUGGAUGUCAGAUUACAGCUAGCAGAGAUGUUUCUGCAGCUCCUGCCAGGUCCAGACCAAGGCCAGUUUCCACAGGUGACUUGGAAAGACUCCCUCCAGCAGAUGCUAGAUUUCAGAAAGAGACGGAUCCCAAAUCCAUAUUGCCUCUGUGCCAUAACGGAGACAUGCACUUCCUCAGUGUGGACCCCAAAUUCCAGAAUGACUUGGUCUCCAAGAAUGGCAUUGAUGUGUAUCCUUACCCAAGCCCCCUUCAUGCUGUGGCUUUACAAAGUCCCCUUUUCUCCCUGGUGGGCACAUCCCCAGAAAUGGACUUCCAGGAUCCUCCCAACAAACCUAUGCCUAGUGUGACAGGUCCCAGCUUGAUUAGGACUAGGCCAACCACUGAGGCCAAGCCGGGGGGUUACAUCAAUAAAUUACUGCAGCUGACGAGAUGCAAAGGGAACAGUCGGGCUGAUGCCAGUGAAUGGGUUCCAACAAAGAACCAGCCAGCCGCAAUGCACCAGAGACUCAUUAUAACCCCCAGCGCCGGCGGAGUGAAAAUUAACAGCAGCAGUAGCCAGCUGGAAAAACAGGCGAGUUCUCUGGAAAGUAGCAAAGCUGAAGGGAAGCUGUCGAGAGAGGUGUCAGAGGAGGAAUGUGCCAAGCAGCAUGAGACCAUGCACUGUGUGAAUGAAGAACAGCCAUUCACUCGGCCUGAUACAGAGCCAUCAGCUGUGAAUAGUUGUUACCCUGCCAAAUCAGCAGCAAGGGGUUCUCCUCUGGCUGAAGCAAUGGAUAGCAGCACAGAGCACAGUUCAUCCUACUCACAGCUGUGCCAGGAGGACUCUAGCCCAGAGACCUGGAAUGCUAAAGCUGUCCCACCCAGAAAGCUGCCCCUCAAAAGGUGUGACAAUGCCAAAUUGACUAGCACUGGGGGUCAUGAGCUAGUGGCAGGAACUGAGUUUGUUCAUGCUCAGUUUGUCCCUGCAGAAUCUCACCAAGUCCGGGUAAAGUUUGCCAGCUCCAAAACAAAGGCAGUGAAGAUAAAGCGGAGGAACAGUGAAAAGGUACUACGGUCUGGGAAGCAAGCCUUCUGCAUGGAGAAGGCAAGAGGGUCCCAUGGGGCCACCAGGCUGCCUGCUGAGUGGAAUCAGCCCCAAAGGCCACAAGGAGUGAAGAAUCUCGUGCGGAGACCUUCUUAUUCUGGUGACGUGACUGGCAGGUCAUGCUCAGAGUCUAGUCUGUUCCCUGUGCAAGUCAGGCUCCCCACCAUGUCAUCCAGGCCAGAGCUCUACGGAGCCUCUGCCAGUGCACUGCAUUCCCUCGAAGCAGCUUGUGUAGACACAGCCAACAAGAAGAAGCAGCGCAAGUGGCAGUCCACAGUGGAGAUCUCUGCCAAGGCCAACCUGGCCAGUGUGUCUCAUAGCUUUGGCCUGGGAGCGCCAAGGCAGCCAGCAAGGAGAGCCGGUGUCCUGCGCACUGUCAGUAUGAGGGCUCGCUCCAAGAAUCAGCCCCACAGAGAUUAUGCCAAAAGUGAGUCAGACCACUCAGAGUACUCUGCAGAGUGCGCUUCCCUCUUUCAUUCCACAAUUGCAGAGACCAGCGAAGGGGAGGUCAGCGAUUUCACAACUAACCGUUUUGGGGACAGUGAGUCCAGUGAAAGCGAUUUGGAUGGCAGCAGUAACAGUAGCAGUCUUGCCCUUGACUACGAUGAGGGGGAUGAAAGUGAACUGAUUUGGCCUGAAGGUUCAGUCAGACAAUCGGGGACUGUCCAGGCCUCUUCCAAGCCUCUUCCCCCUGUGCCCAAAAUCUGUCGCAUCAAAGCUUCAAAGGCACUAAAGAAGAAGAUAAGGAGAUUCCAACCUGCCUCUCUGAAAGUCAUGACCAUGGUUUAAGGGAGAGCAAGCAUCUGUUUCUUAUAGUGAGGUAUCCUGGUGAAAAUAAAAACAUCCUCUGCCAUAAGAUUUUACAGGCAAACCUUGGUGGUUUGUUAACUAUAUGCACCCACUGAAUCAGUCCCAGACACAAAGGUUUCCUAAGAGGAAAGUGUACUUACCUCUUGUCAGAAAUUCUUUGCAGUCUGAAGUCUGCAUUAACCAUCUAGCUCUCAUUGUGUUCAUAUGGAAAAGCUCUGUGUUUGACAUAGUUUUGCUUUCUUUCAGAUCAACCAUCCCAUACCUUCUCCCAAACAUCAGAAGGAUGAGUCUGUUCUUCUAUAAAAAUAUAGUAUGUUUAAUCAAGAAGACAAGUGUAUUUGUGAAUGAGAACAGGACUUCAGUUUGUUUCCUUUUUUCAAAACUGAGAGUAUAGGGUUGUUUUUUUCAACCUCCCUCUUUAUUUUUCCAUGUUAUUGUUCAUUUGUUGAAUGGAUGAAAGAACAUGAGGGCUCUGUGUCACAGUAUAUGAAUAGCUGGGACUGAAAUUAUAGCUUUCCCCCUGAAAUUGCAAACUCAAUAAAUAUUAUUUAAUGUACUUCUGAAAGUUGUGUUUGUCUGAAUUUGAUGUCUAAAGAAGAUUAU